AUGGACUCGGGUUGGACUUUUUGUGAGAAGGAACAGGAGGGGAACAAUGUAAGUUAUGGCUCUAGUCUGAAUUUUCGCACGCACGCGGGCUGUGGUGAUGGGGCACAAAAUUCAAACCGCAGAGUUGUUAUGAAGGAGCGGUUUUUGAAUUCUUGCUGUGGCGUGGGGGAGGGGAUCCCAGACAACUCACCCCCUUCGGUCACUGAUGAGUCACGGCCAUGUGGCGAGCAGAUCGCUGCAUGGGCGCUGCCAUCUCGCACGGUCAGGGGACCAGAACUCGGGCCAUCUCUUCCAGCCCUGCAGCCAUCUUGUCCUAACCGUGUGAACAAGGAAGGUUUGCCUCUUCCAUCACAGCAGCCAUCUUCUGGCAUGCCUCUACCAGGAGCUGAAUGUGUUGGUACAGCAGGUGGUGAGGUAUCGGAAGAGGCAGGAGAGGAAUCCGCUCUGGUUCCUCUGGGUGAGGACGAGUGUGUGCGAGUGGGUACAUCAGUAAGCCGGUGGGAAAGGUGUCAAGAGGAAGCGAUGUGGACGGGAGAUUGGAAGGUUAUAAAUGCACGUCCAGUCAUUUACUGGCCACGGCAAAAUCCUCAGUUCCAGGGUCUGCCUUAUGACGUAACUAAGGAGUUGAGGCAAAUUGUUAAAGAAAGCGGCAUUUCCUCGUCUCAUGUGUUUUCAUUGGAAGAUGUUGUAAAAGAUGAUUUUAACAACCCAGUACAGAUCUGGCUUACUGACUUUCGGGAGAAUUGCACAGCUUAUGCAAAUGAUCUUAGCAGCUUGCAGGUGGGUGUGACUUGUAAUCAUUUGAUGGGAGAGAGAGCCUACACGGCACCCGAAUCCCAGGCUGGCUACCCUCGAGAGACUUACGAGGGUUCAUUAAACAGGUAUAUAGAAAAUGAAAAUGCUAGAGAGCUGUUUUUCAGGCAGCUUGCUUACGAAAAUGCUAACCAGGAUUGUCGGCGAGCUUUGCAGACCAUCCCUGAAAGGGAAAGCUGCAUGAUUGCUGAGAUGGUCCGAGUGUUCGAUCAAUGGCCCUUGAAAAAGGAAUGGCUCGUUUACCUGAGAGACUUAGUCCAAGAGCUACUAAAUGCAGGACAUAUAGUGCCAACCUCCAGUCCAUGGAACACUCCGGUGUUCUGUGUUCCAAAACAGAGUGGCAGAUGGUGUAUGCUGCAAGACCUUAGAGCAGUCAAUUCAGUCCUAGAACCUAGGGGAGCAUUACAACUAGGACUCCCCUCACCUGCUAUGCUUCCAGCAGGAUGGCUGUUAAUGGUAAUUGACCUAAAGGACUGUUUCUUCACCAUUUUCCUACACCCUGAUAAUGCCCCAUGUUUUGCUUUCUCAAUCCCUCCUUUAAACCACACAGAGCCUAUGCAGAGGUACCACUGGGUCUUUUUGCCCCAGGAGAUGCAUAAUAGUCCGAUAAUUUGUCAGACUGUUGUGGCUAAGGCUAUCCACCCUGUCAGAAAACUUCACCCUUCAGCUAUUAUUUACCAUUACAUGGAUGACAUCUUAGUAACCACAGCCACAGAGACCGAGUUGCAAUCUGUUAUAACUGCUCUGACUAAUGCUGUCCAAGAAGCAGGGUUGCAGGUUGCUCCAGAGAAGAUCCAACGAUCUCAACCCUGGGCCUAUCUUGGAUGGAGGAUCACGCAGCAGGAAAUCACACCCCAGCCACUGAUGAUCAAGGUAAAAGACACUUUAAUUUUGAAUGACUUACAGAGACUUUUAAGGGCUAUUAACUGGUUAAGGCCUACCUUACACUUAACUACAGAAGAGCUUCAUCCUCUUUUCGAGCUGCUCAAAGGUGAUCCAUACCUGACGUCCAUUCGAUCCUUAACUACAGAGGCAAAGCAGGCCUUAAAGACAUGUUCUCAGGUGAUUGAGAGCAGACAAGGCAGAAGGCAAAAUCCUGAACUUCACAUUUGCCUUGCACUUGUUCAUAGCAGGUUCCAGCCAUUUGCAGUUUUGUUUCAGUGGGACCAGGCUGAAUCAGAUCCACUGAGGAUCCUGGAGUGGCUGUUUCUGCCCCACUCAGCACAAAAGACUGUGUGAACAAUUAAUGAAAUGUUUGUUAAGCUUAUCAUUAAAGGCAGAGGACAUCUACAGGAGCUGGAUGGACUGGACCCUGCAACCAUCUACAUCCCAGUGAUGAAGGACAACCUCGACUGGCUACUGGCAGAAGAUGCUGAUUCCAGGCAGCCUUGGCAGGCUAUCAUGGUGACAUUUCAAUUCAUUAUCCUAAGCACAGAUUUUGGGCAGAAAUGGGUAACCAACCCUUGAAAGCCACACGCAAAUGCCAACACCAACCAGUAAAAGGCCUCAUGGUUUUUAUUAAUGCAUCUGGGAGGUCCCAAAAAGCUGCACUGACAUGGGUAAAUCCUGCCACAGGACAAUGGGAAAAGGAGGUACAAACCAUAACUCAUGGUUCAGUACAGGUCCUAGAACUCGCAGCUAUUUGUAUUGCCUUUGAACUGUUUUGUGAUCAGCCAAUUAACAUUGCCACAGAUUCGUGUUAUGCAGCAGGUUUAGUCUCACCUCUCGAGGCUUCCUUUCUUUGAGAUGUUACUAGUCCGCACUUAUUUGCUGAGAUAUGUACUGUAUGUUUUUUUGUUAACCAUAGAAAAUUUGACUUCUGUGUAAUGCAUGUUCUUUCGCAUACAGAAAUGCCAGGGCCCAUAGCAGAAGGUAACCAAAGAGCUGAUGCUGCUGUUAUGAUUGUCAUAGUACCUAGAAUUCUGGAGCAAGCUAAAUUGUCUCAUACCUUUUUCUAUCAGAAAACAUGUUCUCUAAAGAGACAAUUUCAGAUCACCAUCAACCAAGCUCGAGAUAUAGUCAUGGCAUGUCCAGACUCCCAACAAAUUACUCCAAUGCCAACCCAGGAAGGCGUUAACCCCAGCGGACUGAUAGCUAAUGAGGUGUGGCAGACAGA